AUGGAUAGCCGCCAUGGUCCGAACCAGAGUUGUCCAUUCCACCCUCGGGGACAGUGCGGCAAGGGCUGUGGGGGGGAGGCUGCCCACUGGGGAGGGUUAUCACCCCUCUGCUGUGGCUCCUUGUUAACGACGGCCUCCUCACUGGACUCGAGGAGCUGGGGGGACGCGAGCAUGCCACAUAGCGAGAUGCAGAAGGCGCUGGACUAUGUUCAGCACUGGUGCACAUCGAAGGGCUUAAGGGUAAACCCAGACAAGACGGAGAUGGUGCACAUUACAAGCAAAAGGAGGGGUCCCGUCAAACCCCCCUCCAUUUAUAACACAGAACAGAAAUUCUCUGGGGAAGUCAAAGACUUAGGUAUCUGGCUCGACAAGAAGCUUAGCUGGAAAAAGCAUAUCGCCGUGCAAACCAACAAGGUCACUAUGACAUACUGGGCAUGCAAGCGAAUGUUCGGAAGCACAUGGGGUCUAAGGCCGAGGAUGGUCAAAUGGAUGUACACGGCCAUAAUGACCAUACAGCUUACACACGCAGCCGUAGUGUGGUGGUCGGCCUUGAAUAAGGCCUGCCCCAGGAAAGCGGUGGACAGAGUAGGCAGGCUUGCGAUGCUGGGCAUAACAGGGACCCUUCGAACGACCCCGAGCUCAGCAUUGGAGGCCCUGCUCUUCAUGCAACCGCCACACCUGAUUAUAAGGCAGAAGGCGACAAAUGCGCCUGCAGGACCCGAGUGGCACUUUCGCAGAAACUUCUCUGUCAACCUUCGAUGGGGGGAAACUCCGUCAGGAAAGGACGCCGACUGGGCGCCGCCCCGUGGACUAGUCUGGUAUACGGAUGGAUCACGGGCGAACGGACGGGCAGGAGCGGGGGUCUGGUCUGAGGGGCCUGCAAUAGCGAGGGCCAUCGGGCUGGACUCGCACGCAACCGUGCUCCAGACUGAGAUGACUGCCCUAAGGACCUGCGCCAACAUGAUCCUGGAGAGAGGGGACAAGGGCAAAAAGAUCUUCAUCUACUCAGACAGCAGACGCGCGCUGAGGGCAAUACUCAAAUACGAGUGUUGCCCUAAGCUAGUGGGUGAAUGCGUAGAGCUGAUGGCGGAAAUUGCCGUAAAUAAUCGGCUUGUGGUGGCUUGGAUUUCGGGCCACGCUGGCAUCAGAGGCAAUCAGAAAGCCGAUGAGCUAGCAAAGAACGGAAGCAGAAUGGCAUCUCAGGGGGAAGUGGAGCACGUAGGCGUGCACACCGACUUUGUGAAGGACCUGCUCAAGGAGCGUGGGGACAGGAGGAUUGUGGACAGGUGGGACUCGGAGACGGGUGCCAGACACAGGAAAUCCCUAUUGGAAAAACCCACUAGGAAGAUUGCAGAAACUUUGUUGGGCCCAAACAGAGCUAAGCUCCAAGCUAUACUGGGGCUUAUCACUGGACACUGGUCCGUGGCUCUGUUUUUAUCGAGGAUAGGCAAAGGGACUGAUCCCCUAUGCAAAGGAUGCGGGUUGACGGAGGAGGAUCCUCUUCACCUAUGCACAAGAUGCAGCGGGCACGAUGAAGUCAAAUGGGAUGUUUUUGGGUCUGCAUGCAUAUAUAUACUGUGA